GUAUUUUGUGUUUGUAAUCAUAGAUUCGAAAAGUCAAAAACGAAAGUCGUUCAAUCAAUUUUGUUUGUGUGAACGAAUGUAAAAAGCGCCAAAACCUAUUUUUCAAGUAUUUUGUUUGUGUAAUUUGUUGUGAAGUAAGAAGCACAAGCAAUUGUAUGAUGUGACAACUUCACGUCCUAUAAAUUCGCCUUGGCAAGAAGUAAAGGAAUUUUGCCAGUUUUCAACUUUUCCAUCUUUUAUUUGACUUAUUUUUAUUUUUCUUUUUACUUUUGCCAUAAUGGCUUUUAUGGCAUUACGAAUACUGCGAAUGAGUAUGAUUGUGGUUAAAGAAUUUACACAACCGUUCAAAAGUAUUUUUAAACAUAUUGCUAAAAACAACAAUUUUUUCCGGAAAUAUAUAUGCAAGCCACCGGCUUAUGGUUAUGAAUGGUGUGAGAAUACCCUACAUAUGCUAAUUACCAAGGAUACAAAAAUUGAGCCCUUAACCGAGAAAGAACUCAUAAAUUUGGGGUCGGCAAUUUGGGCGGAAGUCGUAGUCUUUAUUGGAUGCUCAAAAGUGUUGCUUUUAGAAACAAAUAGGCAAGCAAAACACAAGGAAACUACAGAUAAAGAAUUUCUCAAGCAGGAACAAAAUAUAAUAGAAGCUGUAGAAGUUUUACAAAAUAUACUAAAGCAACAACAAUUUUAUAUAGAACAAAUUGUAAUUGUACUGAAAGAGCUGGGAAAACCAAUCAAACAUAUAGAGAUGAAGACGCAUCAGGCGCAUGAUGCAAAUGAUGUGUUACUUGAAAUAUAAAGUUACCAAGAUGCUAAGAGAACUUUAAUACUACGCAUGAUAAUUAUACCUUGUUUUUUUCUUUUAUAUACAUAUAUUCAUAAUUUUGCAUAACAAUAAUUUACAAGUAAAAUGGUGAUAAUAGUAUUACCAAUAUUAAAAUUGGCUAUAUUGGGAAUGCGUCAAGUAGCACGACCUGUUAGCAACUUCAUACGCAAGGAAGCUAAACAGAGUAAAUUCUUUCGCGAUUACAUCUGUAUGCCACCAGCUCAGGGUUUCCAUUGGUGUGAAAUUACCAUAAAGAUGCUACUCAUGAACUUGGGCCGCCCUGCGAAGGUGGAACCACUCAACCAAGCAAUGGCCAUUGAGUUGGGUGCAGAAAUUUUGGGUGAACUAAUUGUAUUUAUUAUUGCUGCUGGAGGAUUAAUUUUCGAAACUGCAAGGCAAGCAAAGAAAAAGAAUCUGGAAAUGAACAGUAUUAACGUGCAUAGCUUAGAAUUAGUUGAAGCGUUGAAAGUAUUGGAAUAUCGACAAAAACGUCAAAUGGCUUAUAUUGAGGAGAUUACAUACGCUUUAGCAGAAUUGAUGCUACAAUUGACCCAUGCGGAGGUCUUGUAUCCGGAACGUUUACAAGUUGAUAAGGAAAAGUCGAAUACUGCCGGCCGCAUUCCGCAUUACUCACCAUCACGUUGUAGAACUAAUGAAUUACUGUAUCCUGGCGAUCAUACCGACGACUGGAUAUGCGAUUGUGCACCGGCUACACUAUAUCAUCCCGAUUCGGAUGCUUGCCAUCUUGCCUUCCGUCGCGGCCCAUGUGCAAACGAAGAGAUGCUUGUGUUAGCACCAGGUGAAGUCUUACCGCAGUGUAUAAAGAAUGCAUGUAAGAUAGAUGGCAUGGUGAAAAUUAAUAAUGUUUGCUAUCGCAUUGGUCAACCGGCGCCCUGUGCAAAUCCUGAAUUAUCGUAUGUGCUUGAUGUUAACGAAACAACGUUAAUGCUGGAUUGCAUCAAGUUGUCUGUUUCGGUAAAGACGCGUGUAAGCCUAGACGACGAUGAACCGGAAUAUGAUCUGAGCAAGGUUAAUUUCUGUGCGCGUGGAUCACGACGGCUGAUAGAAAGUCGCUGCACGCCGAAUGCUAAAUGAGCUUUGUAUAACUAAAGCGCAUGUCGAAUUUAAAAUUGUAUUUUAUAUUUCAAACAAUUUAUUUUUUAGUAAAUUUAAUAAAAAAAAAGUAUAAUUA